AUGUCCGACCACGCGGAUGACCGCAAGGUGUCCCACGACUAUGUCGAGGACUCUGGCAGCGUUGAUCUCAAUGCUGUAGCCAUGGCAGCGUCAUACGUUCCUGGAACCGCUGCCGAGAAGGCGUUGGUUUGGAAGAUCGACAAGCACAUUAUCCCCACCAUCUGGUUGCUGUACAUGUUGGGGUAUCUCGACCGAGCCAACAUCGGGAAUGCCAAAACAGGCGGUCUCGAGCGUGACCUCAACCUUUCCUCGACCCAGUACUCCAUAGUGCUUCUUGUAUUCUUCGUCAGCUAUGUUCUUUUCGAGAUCCCGAGCAACCUUUUGAUCGCCCGCGUUCGUCCCGGUGUAUACCUCUCUGCCCUCUGUGUCCUCUGGGGAGGUAUCGCUGCGUCCAUGGCCGCCGUCAGCAACUGGCAGCAACUCGCCGCCGUCCGUUUCGCUCUCGGUGUGGCGGAGGCUGGGUUCGCACCUGGUGUCGCUUUUUACCUGUCCUCUUGGUACAAGCGGUACGAACUCGCAUCUCGUUUCAGUAUCUACUACACCGCCACCGCCGUUUCGGGCGCCUUUUCUGGUCUCCUCGCCGGUGUCAUUACUCAGUAUCUCGACGGGGCUCGCGGCUACAAGGGAUGGCAAUGGCUCUUCCUCAUUGAGGGUUUGGCUUCAUCCUUUGCCGGUCUCUUCGCCUGGUUGAUUCUUCCGGACUACCCUUCCACCACCAAGUGGCUCACCCCCGAAGAGCGUAUCCUCGCUGCUCAGCGUCUCGCCUAUGACGGUAUCGGUCACACUCAAGGCGCCACCGCCAACGUCGGCGAAUGGGAGGCCUGCAAGAUGGUCUUCAAGGACUGGCGGUCGUGGCUCUUUGUGGUCAUGUACAUGCUCUGCACCGGCGCCCAGACCAUACAGUACUUCGUCCCCACUUUGGUAGGCGCUCUAGGAUGGACUGGCUUCGUCGGACAGUAUCAUACCAUCCCAUUAUAUGCCUGCGCGUUCGUGUUUAUUCUCUUCUUCUGCUUCGCCGCAGACCGUCUGCAGAAAAAACCUCUCUUCAUCUCGAUCGCUGGCGGUCUCGGUUGUGUCCUCUUCAUCAUCGUCGUCGCCAAUACCGUCCGGAUGGUCCAGUACGUCUUCAUCAUCCUCGCAUUUGGCUGUAUCUACGCCCUCCCUCCUCUCAUCCUCACCUGGGUACCCAAUAUCCUCUGCGCCCCCGCCGAGAAGCGUGCGGUCGCCAUCGCUCUUGUCAACGCCCUCGGUAACUCUGCAUCCAUCUACGGUGUCUUCCUUUGGCCCGCCACAGACGCGCCACGGUAUAUUCCAGGCUUCUCGGCUACGACUGCCUGGAUGGGUGCUAUCUGCAUCCUCGCUCAAGUUGCAAACUACCUUUUCAAGAAGUACCCCAUCGAGCAGAUUGACGCGGAUGAGGUGGUCAGACAGGAGAUUGAGAAGCAGAGGAGGACGGGUAGGAUCAUAGUCUAG